GCUCCAUAAUGGCGGACACGUGUGGACAAAUACUUCUAGGGUCUGGACUAACUGUCCUUUCCCACCCCCUCAUGUACAUCAAAGUUCUAGUCCAGGUUGGACAUGAACCUCUUCCUCCUUCCCUAGGAAGAAACCUGUUUGGUAGACAAGUGUAUCAGCUACCAGGACUGUUUGCUUAUGCAAAGCAUAUAAUAAAGAUUGAUGGCAAGGUAGGCCUCUUUAAUGGCCUCGCCCCCAGGCUCUGCGCAGGGACCAUCGGCACUCUAGUACACAGCAGAGUCUUGCAGAGAUGUCAGGAUGCAGGCAAAUACGAGGUCUCUGGAAGCUAUCAGAAAGCUGAAGAGGGAUCCCUACAGCAUGUUGUCCAUGAGACCACCAAAGAGAUGAUUGCCCGUUCCUGUGCCACAAUUGUCACGCACCCCUUCCAUGUAAUCACCUUGAGAUGCAUGGUCCAAUUUAUUGGUAGAGAAACCAAAUACAGCGGAGUGUUUGAUUCCAUCAUCACUGUCUACAAGCAGGAAGGAGUUCUAGGAUUCUUUGCGGGCCUUAUUCCUCGACUGCUGGGUGAUGUGCUGUCUCUUUGGAUCUGCAACAUGCUCGCCCACCUCAUCAACACAUACGCUAUAGAUGACUCGAUGAGUCACACAGGGGAAAUAAAGAACUGUUCUCAAGCUGUGACUGGGUUUUUGGCCAGUAUGCUCACAUACCCUUUUGUUUUGGUGUCAAACCUCAUGGCUGUCAAUAACUGCGGGCUGGCUGGAGGCCUCCCUCCCUAUGCUUCAGUAUAUCCAACAUGGGUGGACUGCUGGAGGCACCUGAGCCAGGAGGGAAACAUGAGCAGAGGCAACAGCUUAUUUUUCCGGAAGAUGCCUGUGGGAAAGAUGUAUGCAAUCGACCAGAAGAGAUUUUUUUAAGUCUGGAACUACAUGCAUAAAAUCUAAUUGUAAUAAUAUACAUUGACAUUGCCUGAAUGGGGGUGGAUUCCUGGCAUCUAAUCCUUUGUAUGCACUUGUUUUUUUUUAACAACCUGCCAGUCUGCCAUCAAGUAAAGCUAAAACUGCAUUAUUUU